AUGUUUCAGAACAGUAAGGGCGAAGGGGACGGCGGAUACAGCUCCGAGUCAGACAGUGAGGAAGAGACAAUGCUUCGCAGGAUCGAGGAGUCCGAGCGAGUGAAUGCCGACUCGGUGGUGAUUCCAAUCAACGUUGUGAUCGGAGUUCUCGCUGUCUACAUUUUGUUAGGAGCGUCGAUCUUCAACAAAUGGGAGCCCUGGAGCCUUGUGGACGGUGCUUAUUUCGCUUUCGUCACGCUUGCCACAAUCGGAUUCGGGGAUUUGGUGCCAGGAAAUGGACGAUUCGACCAGGUGAGACCAGUUAAUGACCACUUUUAG